GGUCAAAUCCAUGGCAACCACUUCCUCUCCCUCCGUCUUGUUCUCAGCCACCGCAAAACCGCCGCAACAAGCCAAGCCUCAAAUGUACAAGCCGCCGUCUAAGCCUCCCUUAGCAAACAUAACAGCCGCCGUAGCGGCAACAGCAUUAGCCACCACGAUACUGACUGCGACACCGCCCUCCCUUGCGGAAUCCCCGACCUACUCUGUAUACUAUGGCACGGCCGCCAGUGCCUCCAAUUACGGCGGCUACGGAGGAAAUUCGGACAAGAAGGCGUCGGCGGAGUACAUCUACGACGUGCCGGAGGGGUGGAAGGAGCGUCUGGUGUCCAAAGUAGAGAAAGGAACCAACGGGACGGACUCGGAGUUCUACAACCCGAAGAAGAAGAGUGAGAAAGAGUAUCUAACAUUUCUGACGGGAUUCAGGCAAUUGGCGCCGGCAGAUGUGGUCCUGAACAAUUUGGCGCUGUCGGAUGUGGUCUUACAGGACCUCAUCGCCAGCUCCGACGGCGUUCGAUCGGAGGAGAGGAAAGACGAGAAAGGGCAGGUGUACUAUGACUACGAGAUCGACGGGGCAGGAGCUCAUAGCUUGAUCUCUGUUACAUGUGCUAAGAAUAAACUGUAUGCGCAUUUCGUUAAUGCGCCGUUGCCGGAAUGGAAUCGCGAUGAAGAUACAUUGAGGCAUCUUCACCAGUCCUUCAAAACAGUAGGAUGAUUAGCAGUUUUCACUGCAAUAAGAUCAGAUCGUUACUGUACGAUGCGGUAAUGAUCCUUGUGUUUAAGGAUUCUUACUCAAAGGUCUGUAAUUUUCGUUUGAUGAAAUCAAUAUCAUCUUUUGCUCUCUUCAAGUGAAAUGAAAGAAUUUGUGCUCAGAUAUAAC